GCCGUGACGUCAUUUCCGGGCUGAGGCCCCCUGCGCCGCGCGGUCUCUCUCUCUCUCUCCGUCUCCGGGGCAACGGGCAGCGCGCGGGCGGGAUGAGAUGAGCCGCGAGUGAGUGAGUGAGUGAGUGAGUGAGGACCCGGGCCGGGCCGGGCCGGACACGGGUUUAGGAGCCGUUGCUGUGGACGGAGAGACGGAAAUGUGAGCGGCCAUUGAGGGAGGCCAGGGUGCCAGUGAGCCCCCCAUCUGUCCGGUGUGCGGGCUGAGCUUCGAGGGGUUGAGGUUCAGUGGAAGACCACAUGGCGGCACACAACAAGGAGAAGCGUUAUGAGUGCGAUAUGUGUGGCAAGGCCUGGCAGUGCCCGAACAAGACCCUCCAGUGGAUGGAGACGGGAGAAUGCCCCUUCGACUGCUCGGAGUGCGAAAAGAGUUUCAAGACGACAAGUGACCUGCAGGCCCACCGGCAAAUGCAUAUGGACGAGAGGCCCUAGGGCUACUCCACCUGCGAGAAGAGCUUUACCGGGUUGUCGGGGCUGCGGGAGUACCGGCGGGUGCACAGCAGUGAGUGGCCCUUCACUUGCUCCGACUGCAGCAAAGGCUUCAAGUCAUCCACGAACCUGAAGAUGCACAGGCGCCUGCACACUGGAGAUUGGCCCUACAGCUGCAGCGACUGCGGCAUGGGCUUCACCCAGUCCAGCGGCCUGCUGCAGCACCAGCGCACUCACACCGGCGAGAGUCCCUACACCUGUGUCCAGUGCGGCAAGGGCUUCAUCCAUUUGAGCAACUUGCUGAAGCACCAGCGCACCCACAACGGGGAGCGUCCCUACACCUGUGCCCAGUGCGGCAAGGGCUUCACCAGGUCCAGCAGCCUGCUAGAGCACCAGCACACCCACACCGGGGAGCGUCCCUACACCUGCGCCCAGUGCGGCAAGAGCUUCACCCAUUCCAGCAGCCUGCUAAAGCACCAGCGCACCCACACCGGCAAAUGCCCCUAUACCUACGCCCAGUGCGGCAAGGGCUUCACCCGCUCCGACAGCCUGCUGAAACACCAGCACAUCCACACCGGCGAGAGUCCCUACACCUGCGCCCAUUGCGGCAAGGGCUUCACCAGGUCCAGCAACCUGCUGGUGCACCAGCGCACCCACAUGGGUGAGCGCCCCUACACCUGUGCCCAAUGCGGCAAGGGCUUCACCCGCUCCGAUAGCCUGCUGGAGCACCAACGCACCCACACCGGCGAGCGUCCCUACACCUGCGCCCAGUGCGGCAAGGGCUUCACCACCUCCAGCAACCUGCUGAAGCACCAGCGUACCCACACCGGGGAGCGCCCCUACACCUGCGCUCAGUGCGGCAAGGGCUUCACCAGCUCCAGCAACCUGCUGAAGCACCAGCGCACCCACACCGGCGAGCGCCCCUACACCUGUGCCGAGUGUGGCAAGUGCUUCACCCGCUCUGACAGCCUAAUGGAGCACCAGCGCACCCACACCGGGGAGCACCCUUACACCUGCAACCAGUGCGGCAAAGGCUUCAUCUGCUCCACCAGGCUGCUGUCCCACCAGCGGGUGAAACACUUGCCACUCACUGCUGCGCAUGGCGGUGACCGCCCUAUCCCCAGCCCGGUGUGUGGAGAGCGCUUUGCCAUGGCCUCUCACGCUCUGUCUCACCAGCACGUGCACACCAGUGGCCAGCCCUACGACUGCCCGUACUGUGGUGAGACGUUUGACAGUUCGCGGGGGUUGCGGCAGCACCGGCGGACCCACGCCGGCGAGCAGCUGCUCCCACUGUGACGAGAGCAUGAGGGCUGCGGGAGCACCAGCGGAUACACACCAGAGAGAGACCCUUUGUGUGCGCUGACUGUAGCAAGGGUUUCAACUGCAUGUCCAGCCUGUGGCAGCACGGCGUACCCACAACAGUAAGCAUCCCUUCCCUGCCCGUCCUGUGGUAAGGGCUUCACCCACCUUGACCACCUGCUGGAGCACCGGCAAGUCCACACCGGCCAGCGCCCCUUCACCUGCCCGCUCUGUGGCAAGACCUUUGCCCGCUCCGUGGAUAGGCGCAGUUUAGGUAAACACAAAAUGCUGGAAGGAAUGGGUAAUGUUUCUGGUCGAGACCCUCCUCAGUGUCGACCCGAAAUGUCACUCAGUUCUUCUCUCCAGUGAUGCUGCCUGUCCCGCUGAGUUAUUCCAGCAUUUUGUGUCCUUUUUUGUAAACCAGCGUCUGCUGUUCCUUGUUUUUAAGCCAUUCUGGUUAACCAUCUCUGCACCUUCCCCAAAGCCUCCACAUCAGUCCUGUAAUGGAGUGAUCAGAACCAGUACUGUAUGCAAUACUCCAAAUGCUACCUGACCAAUGUCCCUUAAAGCUGCACAUAUACAUUCCUCUCUCCUGAUCUCACACCCUUUUAUCUCCUUAUUUUCCCUCGUCUCUGUCACUUACGUCAUUCAUCUGCCGAUCACACCCUCAUCUGUUAACACAGUAUCAGUCUGAAGAAGGGUCCUGACCCAAAAUGUCACCUAUCCAUGUUCCCCACAGAUGCUGCCUGACCCGCUGAGUUACUUCAGCACUCUGUGAAACGUCACCUAUCCAUGUUCCCCACAGAUACUGCCUGACCCGCUGAGUUACUCUAGCACUGUGUGAAACGUCACCUAUCCAUGUUCUCCAGAGAUGCUGCCUGACCCGCUGAGUUACUUCAGCACUUUGUGUUAGAGUCAUAGAGUGAUACAGUGUGGAAACAGGACCUUCGGCCCAACUUGACCACACCGACCAACAUGUCCCGGCUACACUAGUCCCACCUGCCUGCAUUUGGUCCAUAUCCCUCCAAACUUGGCCUAUCUAUGUAACUGUCUAUAACUGUUUCUUAAAUGUUGGGAUAGUCCCAGCCUCAACUACCUCCUCCGGCAGCUUGUUCCAUACACCCACCACUCUCUGUUGAAAAGUUACCCCUCAGAUUCCUGUUAAAUCUUUUCCCCUUCACCUUGAACCCAUGUCCUCUGGUCCUCGAUUCCCCCACUCUGGGCAAGAGAUUCUGUGCAUCUAACUAAAUUGUGUUCUAUGCAAGAUUCCAGCAUCUGCAGUUUCUUGUGUCUCCCUCACCUAUAUCCACCUAUCACUUCUGAAGAAGAUUCUCAACCUGAAACAUCACCCAUUCCUUCUCUCUAGUGAUGCUGCCUGUCCCGCUGAGUUACUCCAGCAUUUUGUAUCCACCUAUCACUUGCCCGGCUUUGUCCAGCCCCAUAUCUCUCUUUUCAGCUUCCCCCCCCACUCUCCAAUCAGUCUGAAGAAGGGUCCUGACUCAAAACGUUGUCUGUCCAUUCCCUCCAGAGCAGUGGAGGAACUCAGUGGGUCAGGCCGCAUCUGUAGAGGGAAGGCAAUCUAAGGCGACCACUCCCACCUCUCCUUUCCAACUUUCUCCACCCCCCACACCAAGCAGUCUGAAGAAGGGUCCUGACCUAGAAUGUUGCCUGUCCAUGCUCUCCAGAGGUGCAACUUACUCCAGCAGAUUGUGUCUCUUUUUGUAAACCAGCAUCUGCUGUUCCUUGUAUCUACACUAGGCGUGCAUUUCACCCUACACUUGUGCUCGGUCCACCAAGGCCUGCUGGAUCUCCCAGUUGCCAACCAUUUUAACUCCCAUUCACAUUCUCACACUGACCUCUCUGUCCUGGGCCUCCUCCAUUGCCAGAGUGAGGUGACACACAAACUGGAGGGACAGCAACUCAUAGCUUACAGCCCAAUGACAUGAACAUUGAAUUCUCCAAAUUAAACGGACAUCCCCCUCCCCCUCUCCCUCGUGGGCCAUCUCCUCGUCAUUCCUCUGUCUUCUUCUCGCUGGCGAAAGGCGUCAGGAUUAAUCCGGAGUCACCGCUUCCCGUAUUUUAAGUAUGUUUUAAAAGUAUGUUUUAGUGUUUCUAGGUUUGUUUUACAUGGGGAGGGGGCGGGGGGGGGGGAUUUGGGGAACCUAUUUUUUAGCCACUUACCUCGACGGAGAUGCGAUUUGUCUCCUUUGCCGAGGACCGCCCGUGUGGAGCUCCAAUCUCGGGGCCUGUGGACUUUAACACCGUGAAGCCCGCGGUCUCCGGUAAGAAGAGGCCGACUCGGGAGCUCCAUGCUGCGGAGUGUUCCAAUCCUUCCCGACGCCCCGACGCGAGGGCUUCGGACCUUCGGUAGCGGCGACUGCUGAGGGUUCAACAGCCCCGACCACGGGUGAACAAACGAGGAGGGGUUCUUAAGGGGUUGGACAGGCUAGAUGCAAGAAGAUUGUUCCUGAUGUUGGGAAGUCCAGAACAAGGGGUCACAGUUUAAGGAUAAGGGGGGAGUGUUUUAGGACCGAGAUGAGAAAUUUUUUUUCACACAGAGAGUGGUAAAUCUGUGGAAUUCUCUGCCACAGAAAGUAGUUGAGGCCAGUUCAUUGGCUAUAUUUAAGAGGGAGUUAGAUGUGGCCCUUGUGGCUAGAGGAAUCAGGGGGUAUGGAGUGAAGGCAGGUACAGGAUACUGAGUUGGAUGAUCAGCCAUGAUCAUAUUGAAAGGCGGUGCAGGCUCGAAGGGCCGAAUGGCCUACUCCUGCACCUAUUGUCAAUGUUUCUAUGGUGGGAGAGGAUGUGUUUCCUGAGAUGGUGCUGGCCUGUAAACAGAAGCCUUGAGAGGACGUGUUUCCUUUGGAGUUGGGUCUCUGUGAACAGGAACUUCUGUGUGUAAUUGAAAAAGAUCCUUACAUUGUUUAAGAAGGUACUGCAGAUGAUAGACAUUUGACUAAGUUCCUGUUUGGAGGGUUGUAACAAAAGUUUGUGCUCGAUAUAACCAUUGCAUGAGAAGUAUUGUGUUAGUGACAAGAAUGCCUUGAAUGGAUAUACUCUGUGAUUGAUGUGUUAGACGUCAUUGCUUCAACUCUGUAUAAACAUGUGACUACGUUUCCAAAAUACUAUAAAAAGAUGCUGUAUAUCUUUGUUCAUUAGAGUGAUGGCCCAGGAGGGUUAAGUGUGUGUUGCAUACUUGACUUUGUAUCCCCUGGCACUCUCGCCGGCUAAAUGAUCAGUAAAGCUUGUGUUGGUUUAUCCAA